AUGAUCACAUCGCCCUCGGUUUCUGCUAUAAGAGGUAGUAAGCGCAGCAGCAGCCUCAGCGAGCCCGGAGGCAGCCCCCGCCGCAGCCGCAGCACCGCCGACCUCGCCGGGCCGAACGGGCACGCUGGGAAUAACGGCAGCAGCAGCGCCGCCGCCAAGCCCUGCUUCCACGCCGUCCCCCCCUCGGACCCGCUACGCCAAGCUAACCGCCUUCCCAUCAAAGUCUUGAAAAUGCUCACGGCGCGGACUGGACACAUUUUACACCCCGAAUACCUGCAGCCUUUACCUUCCACGCCUGUCAGCCCGAUUGAGCUGGAUGCGAAGAAGAGUCCUUUGGCCCUUUUGGCACAAACUUGCUCGCAGAUAGGGAAGCCGGACCCGUCUCCUUCCUCCAAACUCUCUUCGGUCACCUCCAAUGGCUCCGGAGGCGACAAGGACUCCAAGUCGGGCCCCUUGAAGCUCAGCGACAUCGGCGUGGAGGACAAGUCGAGCUUCAAGCCGUACUCCAAACCGGGCGCAGAGAAGAAGGAGCCGGGAGCGACGGGCUGCGCGGGCGCCCCCGCCGCGGGGGUCGCGGCCGGGGAGAAAUCGGGAUUCCGGGUGCCGAGCGCCACCUGCCAGCCAUUCACCCCAAGGACAGGCAGCCCCAACUCCAGCGCCUCCGCCUGCUCGCCGGGGCUGCUGCCGGCCGAGGGCAAAGGCGUGGAGGACAAGAAGGACUCGGAGGGUUGUGGAAAAAGCGGCGGCUCCGGCCCGGAGGGAGGCCCAGGUACCACCAGCAUCAGCCACAGCCGGAUUAGCGUGAGCUGUGCCGGGAUUAACGUGGAAGUCAACCAGCACCAGGAGAGCACGCCGGGCUCCAAACCCAUCGCCUCGGACUCCGCCUCCUCCUGCAGUAGCACCACCGCCACCUCCUCCACCUCCGUCCUGGGCUCCGGCCUCGUGGCUCCCGUCUCCCCUUACAAGCCGGGACAGACCGUCUUCCCCCUGCCCCCAGCGGGUAUGAGCUACCCGGGGACGCUGGCUGGAGCCUACGCUGGCUACCCACCCCAGUUCCUGCCGCACGGAGUGGCCCUGGACCCCACCAAAUCCUCCAGCCUAGUCGGAGCUCAGCUGGCCGCUGCCAGCAGCCUAGGCUGCAGCAAGCCGGCAGGGUCGAGCCCGCUGGCGGGCGCGUCGCCGCCGUCGGUGAUGACGGCGAGCCUGUGCCGAGACCCGUACUGCCUGAGCUACCACUGUGCCAGCCACCUGGCAGGCGCUGCUGGCGCCUCCUGCGCCCACGAUCAGGCCCUCAAAUCUGGAUACCCCCUCGUCUACCCCACCCACCCUUUGCACAGCGUCCACUCCUCGCUGACCGGUGCCACACCGCCCUCAUUAGCGGGCCACCCUUUGUAUCCCUACGGCUUCAUGCUCCCCAACGACCCCCAGCCACACAUCUGCAACUGGGUGUCAGCCAACGGACCCUGCGACAAGCGCUUUGCAACCUCAGAAGAGCUACUUAGCCACUUGCGGACCCAUACUGCCUUCCCGGGCACCGAUAAACUCCUCUCCAGCUACCCCAGCUCCUCAUCACUGGCCAGCGCAGCAGCCGCGGCCAUGGCAUGCCACAUGCACAUCCCCACAACAGGCGCUCCGGGCAGCCCAGGCACACUGGCCCUGCGCAGCCCACACCAUGCCCUGGGACUUGGCAGCCGCUACCACCCCUACUCCAAGAGCCCUCUGCCCACCCCUGGGGCUCCUGUACCCGUGCCCGCUGCCACCGGACCGUACUAUUCCCCCUACGCGCUCUAUGGGCAGAGACUCACCACAGCCUCGGCCCUGGGGUACCAGUGAGCACAGGCAGUGGGGCUUUGACACACAACACAAGAAUUUAGCGGUGAGGGAAGGAAGCCCUGAAAAACUUUAUAAAAGUUGGAAAGAAAAAAGAGCAAAUCUGACUUUUUAUAAAGUAGUGUUCAUUUGAGGACUGGAUCCAUGAACACUGUAUUUAUUUAUGUUAGCUUCAAGCGGGACAACGAAUCAUAAAGUGCAUUACUUAACUGAGCUCAAUAGGUAA